CAGUGAGUGUCGCGAAGAACAAGAUCAAAAUGGCGACAAGUAAAACCUCUACAAGUUAUCAUAAUAUGCCGCACAGAAGCGGCACAUAUGUGUCCAGUCAUGGAGCAAGUGCUGUUUCUGAUGUUACGCCCGAUCUUCAUCUGAAAAUGUCCAAGAAAAUCGCUCAGUUAACCAAGGUUAUUUACGCUCUAAAUACMAAGAAUGACGAACAUGAAGCGAUAGUGGACGCUAUAAAGAAGACUCACGAAGAUGAAAUGCAACAGCUGAUUGCAGAGACAAAGAGUAAAGUAGAAAGUUUUAAGUCUCGCUUAGGGAUUGUUAGUGAACAACAGCAAAGAAUUGAAACUUUAGAGUCGAUUUUAAGCCAAGAAAGACUUCAUAAAGAAGAAGCCUUGAGCGAAUUUGCAUGCACCAAGCAACAAAAUGAAGCAAAGUUKGUUCAGCUUCGSGAGGAAUAUUCCGAUAAAAUCCUUUCUAUGUCGAAAGAAAUGUUGUCUACGAAAAAGGAUUUUGAGGAUCGUGUAAAAGACUUCCAAGCAAUGCGWAGAAAGCUGGAAGAAGAUCGUGAUAAAAUGGCYGACGAAAUGACAUCAAAACAUCAUGAUGAGCUUGAUCAACUGAUGAAGGCUCAUCGUGUUCGUUACGAUGAAAUUGUACGAGAAAAACAAAAGCUUGAACAAGAGUACAAAGAACGGGAAGAAAGGCUCAAAGAGCAAGCAAACUCUACCAGUUCUUUUGCAAUCGAAGAGAAAAGGAAACUCGAAAAAGAGUAUCAGGAAAAAGCUGAAAAACUGAAAACAUUUUACGAGAAGGAACUUGAUGCUCUGCGCGCUGUUGAAGCUCAAUCGAAAGAACAAAGCUCCAAAAGUUUAGAAGAACGCGAAAAGCAAUUACAGGCCGAGUGGAACCGACAGGAGAGAGCAUUGAAAGACAGAAUAUCAGAGCUGUUAAACAGACAAAGCGAUAGUGAGCUUGAAAUAUCAUCCUUGAAAGAUCAAAUUGUUGAACUUCAAAAUGUCACUACGGGUAAAAAUAUUGAUUCAGAAAAACUCACUCAACAACUGCAGGAAUCAAGGAUUGAAACUGCCAAUGCUUUAAAUGAAAUAAGAGAGUUGAAAAACGAUGUAAUGAUUUAUAAGAAAAGAUGCGAUGAAAAAGGAGCAGAGAUUGACAGGCAAUCAACUACGAUUGGCAAGCUUGAGGCCACUAAAUUAUCCCAGGAAACUAACAACAGAACUCUUAAGAGUACAAUCAGUGAGUUAAAUAACAAAGUCAGCAAACUUGAACGAGACUAUGAAGAACUUGAACAGCAAUACAAGUCUCACUUUAUGGAAUCAGGGGAUCACAUACAAUCACUAAAACAGGAAAUAAAGACAUUAACAGAAGAAAAGCAAGACAUAGAAGGAAAAUAUCUUUUAGAGCUCAAUAACUCAAAAGAAACUGCCUCAGAACGYGAAAAUAGUCUUAGAGAAGAAUUAGAAAGGACUGCUUUAAAAUUGAAUACUGAACAUCAAAAUGAACUACAGAACYUACAGCAAGAAAUGAAAAACAAACUUGCAGUUUUACAAAGAGAGCUAGAGGAUAAAUCUCAAAAAGAAAAAGACAAGAUAAUAAAAGAAAAAUCUCAAGUUAUUGACAAUCUUGAAAAUAAGUGCAAUGAGCUCAGGAAAAAGAUUGAAGAUGUUGAAAAUGAGUCCAAAAGACUGUAUUCAGUUGUACAGGAAAGUGAGAAAGGUCUGGGGUCUGCAACUUCAARUCUGGAUUGCUUGAAGCAAGAAUUGCAAAAAACUAUAGAGGAGUUGCAGAGUACAAAGAAGGAACUUGCAAAUGCAAACAACAUGUCUUCAUCAUUACAGAGUCAGUUGGAAAGACUGAAGAAGGAGUAUGAGCARUCUAAAGUGGAAGCYGAAAACAAGUUACAGACCAGCUUACAGUCACUCACAAAAGACCUCGAUCAAAAAUGGACUAAUAAACUAAGUGAAGAGAGCAGRCRACUAAGAUCAGAGCUUGAUGAACAGCAUCAAAAGGAACGUAGAGCUGCWCUCGAAGAGUUGACAAGAAUCAAACAAAAAGAAAUGGAAAUCAUGAAGAUAGAUCUGAACAUCAAAAUUGAAACACUAAUGAGAACGGCUGAUGAGAUUAAAGAAGACAAGGAGUCAUACAUAAAACAGACCAGUGAUCUUAUAAAAGACCUUCAAGAAAGCCUUGAGAAGAGAAGAGCAAAUGCUUCAAACGUGGAACAACARCUAAGGGAGGACCUUGAAAAACAGCGAAUUAGAUAUGAAGAAGAUGCAGCAAAAUUAGCUUUGARUCAUAACAAUAAAGUGAAAGAAAUGCAAACGGCUCAUCAAGAAGAAAUAGAAAAAUGGAAAGCCAUGGGAGAGGAGAAAUUAAAGGAUCUGGAGAAGAGACUACAAGCWAAAUACCAAGAAGACAUGGCUCUUAAUCUUCAAGCUAACAAGGUUGCAUUGGAAGCUGUAAAGUCACAGACCGAGAAUGCUAAAAAGAAAGAGCUAGAAGACCUAAUGGCAAAACAUGAUGAAGAAAGAGAACAACUAAGAAGUGAAUUAAUGCGUAAA